CUGCCCGCCGCCGCCGGCUCCGCUCGGCCGCGGUGCGGUGCGCGCCUGCGCUGGCCCUCGCCUCGGAGCAGCCAUGAUGGAAGGCCUGGACGACGGCCCCGACUUCCUCUCGGAGGAGGACCGCGGACUUAAAGCAAUAAAUGUAGAUCUUCAAAGUGAUGCUGCUCUGCAGGUGGACAUUUCUGAUGCUCUUAGUGAGAGAGAUAAAGUAAAAUUCACUGUUCACACAAAGAGUUCAUUGCCAAAUUUUAAACAAAAUGAGUUUUCUGUUGUUCGACAACACGAGGAAUUUAUCUGGCUUCAUGAUUCCUUCAUUGAAAAUGAAGACUAUGCAGGUUACAUUAUCCCACCAGCACCACCAAGACCUGAUUUUGAUGCUUCAAGGGAAAAACUACAGAAACUUGGAGAAGGAGAAGGGUCCAUGACGAAGGAAGAAUUCACAAAGAUGAAACAGGAACUGGAAGCUGAAUAUUUGGCAAUAUUCAAGAAGACUGUUGCAAUGCAUGAAGUGUUCCUGUGUCGUGUAGCAGCACAUCCUAUUUUGAGAAAAGAUUUAAAUUUCCAUGUCUUCUUGGAAUAUAAUCAAGAUUUGAGUGUGCGAGGGAAAAAUAAAAAAGAGAAACUUGAAGAUUUCUUUAAAAACAUGGUUAAAUCAGCAGAUGGAGUAAUUGUUUCAGGAGUAAAGGAUGUAGAUGAUUUCUUUGAGCAUGAACGAACAUUCCUUUUAGAAUAUCAUAACCGAGUUAAGGAUGCAUCUGCUAAAUCUGAUAGGAUGACAAGAUCCCACAAAAGUGCCGCAGAUGAUUACAAUAGAAUUGGUUCUUCGUUAUAUGCUUUAGGAACUCAGGAUUCUACAGAUAUAUGCAAGUUUUUUCUCAAAGUUUCAGAACUGUUUGAUAAAACAAGAAAAAUAGAAGCACGAGUGUCUGCUGAUGAGGACCUCAAACUUUCUGACCUUUUAAAAUAUUACUUAAGAGAAUCUCAAGCGGCUAAGGACCUGCUCUAUCGAAGAUCUAGGUCGCUAGUGGAUUAUGAAAAUGCUAAUAAAGCACUGGAUAAAGCCAGAGCGAAAAAUAAAGAUGUUCUGCAGGCUGAAACGUCCCAACAAUUAUGUUGUCAGAAAUUUGAAAAAAUAUCGGAAUCUGCAAAACAAGAACUUAUAGAUUUUAAGACAAGAAGAGUUGCCGCCUUCAGAAAAAAUUUAGUGGAACUGGCAGAGUUAGAACUGAAGCAUGCAAAGGUCAGUUUUGUCACCUAAAGUAGGAGAGAGACCUUGGCUUCCUCGGCUUACGGUUCAGCCUUGAGACAUCUGACUACUGUACGUUCUCGAUACAGCCUCUCCCCCGCAGGCUAGACAUCCUUGGGCUAAACAUUUUUCAUCCCAUACACCUCAACAAGCUGUUCAUAAUAUUAUUACCCUCCUGUCAUUGCUCUUUGAAAUGUUGCCCUGGAAAUGGAAACGCCUUCCCGUGCGCGCGCUGAUCGUCCCGCACGUUUCUUCCCACAACGUGUUCUGUAUGCAGAGGACGAGGGAUUUUUAACUGCCGUAUUGCACCAGCUUCAUGUGGCUUAUAACCACGCCAUUUUGCUGCUGCUUCUUAUAAUUCAGUUCUUCAACCGCCAACCUGUAGUUGUGUGUUUAAUUUUUUUUUUAGUAAUUUUUUUCAUUUUUGUUGUAAAACACAUAACGCAAAAUUUACCAUCGUGACCACUUUUAAACGUCCACUUCAGUAGCGUUAAGUAUAUUCACACUGCUGUGCAAUAGGUCUCCAGAACUUCUUCAUUUACUGAGCAUCUGAUUUUUAAAAUGUAAUUGCAAGCCACAUUUGCAUCUCUUACGUUUUAGCUUGCUGGUUUCCGCCCAGCACAUAGAGUUAGUUCUUUUGGAGACUUCGAUUCGGCCAUAGAGUAUUUGACUAUUUUACCAGUGAUUUCCUUCCAAGUGAUGGACGUUUGUAAUUUAUAUGACUUCUCUUUCAUGUCCUCUUCUAAGUUCCAAAGGAAUCGACACUGUUAAUCUAGUUGUCGCGUGCGUGGCACCAAAAAAGGCUAAAGUUUUAGUUCCCGUCCUUUCUUUCUAUCCUAACUGGUAUUAACUUAUUAAUUAAUAUUCUUUGGUUAUAGUUACUUAGAUAGUUAGGAAUUCACCUAUUUCUCCUAUCGUCAACCAUUACGUUUGCAUUUUAUCCCCGAAGGCUGUAAGAAGUAUUAAAUUCCUCAUUAAAGUCAAGAUAUGUGUUGUCUGACUUCCUGGUCUAACAACCUGUCAAAAGAAAAUCUUUGGAUAAGCUUGGCACGAUUUAUUCUUACCGAGCCGGUGUUGAUUUCUAAUGUCCACUGUUUUUGUUCUUUUGAAAGAGGUUGUAAACUGUCAAGGAUUUUGUUAGAGACCAGUGAGAGCUUGGCAGACCACGGCCUAAAUGCUUUUGUACAGCCCGUGAGCCAGGAAUGGUGUUCAUAGUUUUAAAGGGUUACAAGAAAAGCAAAAGAAUAAUAUUUCGUGAUGUGAUAAUGAUAUGAAAUCCGGAUUUAAUCUAUAAAUAAAGUUUGAUGGAAUACA